AGGAGAAUGGGCAGGAAAAGGAGUUCUGCUGCAGAGGGCAGGUCCUGCCUGUUUUACCCACCUGCUCUGCUGACCUUUUCAUCUUCUGUUUACCAGACACCAGCCUGGCCUCCUGAAAUAAACUGGGGAGAGGAGAAUGCUAUGCUUCCCCUUGGCAUCCUUGCUGCCUCUGUUUAUCUCCAAGAUCAGUGCUAUGUUUACUCAGAAGUGGACCUCAUUGCAUCCAAAGUGUCUUACUCCCAGUUUGCCGGUAGGUGGAAUGGAGCAGUCAUGAAUGGUGACGCCUUCUGCCAAGAACCUCCCUCCCAGCUUCCCGACUGGAGGGAAUUCUGUGAGCUCCACGCACAGGCCGCCGCGGUGGACUUUGCCCAGAAGUUCUGCCAGUUCCUGAAGGAGAACCCUCACUACGACACCCCCGGGGCGGAGACAUCCUUCUCGCAUCAUUUCGUGGCCAAAUUCUUGGACACCUUCAGCAGGGUCUUCGUCUCCGACUCCCCCACCAAAUACAACAUUGUGCCGUUCGUCGGGCUGCAAAACUGCCACAUGCCCUACGGCCAGGAUCUCUUGCCGCGGAAAGAGCAGACCUCGUCGGAGUCUCUGGACAGCAUGAACCAUCCGGUGCCCUCGGGCAGGUACCUGAGCCAAUCGCAGCAGGUCCAGGCACGAAAAGUCUCCUCCUACGGCCAGUCCCGGAGCUCGGAGGAUGUCUCUGUCCAUGCCACCUCAAAGCCGAAAUUCAAGAAGGGCUUCUCCCUGAGGAACAUGAGCUUGUGUGUGGUGGACAGCAUGAAGGAGAUGUGGAACAGGAGGUCCUCUCCAGAGCCAGGCACGGACGCCCUGCAGGGCAGGCGGUCUGACAGGGAAUACUGUCCCCCCGGGAUCAAGGAGCCGCACAGUGAUUCCAGGGAGAAAUGGACUCACAAGCUCCGUCUUUCGAAGGGCCAGUCUUCCAAAGCGGAGCUGCUGAACAUUCAGAGAGAAGGCACCCUCCGCUACAUGGUCGCCGAUGAUACAAACUGUGUGGGCAGCUCUCAGUGGCAAAAAUGCCGCCUGUUGCUGCGGAAGGCGGUGAAGAUGGAGGGGGAACGGUUCCUCCUGGAGUUCUACGUUCCUCCAAAGGCUUCCAGAGCGAAGGUCAGUAUCCCCCUCUCGGCCAUUAUUGAGGUGCGGACGACCAUGCCCUUGGAGAUGCCAGACAAGGACAACACCUUUGUGCUGAAGGUAGAGAAUGGUGCUGAGUAUAUCUUGGAAACCAUCGACUCCUUGCAGAAGCACUCCUGGGUGGCGGAUAUUCAGGACUGCAUAGAUCCUGAGGAUAGCGGUGAUGACAUUGAACUCGCUUCCUGCACUCAAGGGGCUUGCCUGCCAAGCAGGGUGUCCUCCUGUAGCUGCGAAUUCCUGGCUGACGAGGUGCCCCGGUUUCAGGACAGAUGUACUGGGUCUACUGCCCCGGACGCCACACCAAACGCUGCAACUGUCGUCACAGCGCCGCACGGCAGGCUCCGGGACUCGGCAGGCGAACACCGGGCCUACGUGCCGCUGGAAAACUUCCUGCAGACACUAGAGCCCCCUGCUGUUGGCGGACAUUUAGCAGGGGAGGAAAGUGAGAUGGAGGUGGAGAUCAACCUCUCGGACUUCCCUUGGUUCCACGGCACCCUCUCGCGGGUGAAAGCCGCCCAGCUGGUGCUGUUUGGUGGCGCCCGGAGUCACGGGCUUUUCGUCAUCCGGCAGAGUGAAACACGGCCCGGCGAAUACGUCCUGACCUUCAACUUCCAGGGCAAAGCCAAGCACCUGCGGCUAUCCUUGAAUGAAAAUGGCCAGUGCCACGUCCAACAUCUCUGGUUCCAGACCAUCUUUGACAUGCUGCGACACUUCCACAUGCACCCCAUCCCUCUGGAGUCCGGCGGUUCGGCCGACAUAACACUCCGCAGCUAUGUGGCAGCACUGAGCCUCCUUCCUGAGGCCAACCCACCCCCAGCGGUGGCAUCCCAGCAGCCCACUUGCAGAAACGACCUCCAGUCCCAACACUACUUCUCCAUCUUCGUCCCAGGCACCUUUCAGCCGGCCUCCCCUUCGGAGGGCACCGCCUCUUCCUCCUCCUCCUCCUCGGCCAGUCAUUCGCUGUACCAUCGGAUGGAGGGGACCCGCAGCCGAAGCAACAGCACGGAGCGCCUCUUUGAUUCCUCGGCCAUGGGCGCAGAGGAUUACCACGAGAGCGAGGGCUCCCGCAGUAGAACCAGAGCGGUGGAGAACCAGUACUCUUUCUAUUGAUCGGCUGUGCGGGUGGAGUGGCUUUUGGGGUCCUGUUCUUUCUGCCCCUUGGGAACGGUUGGCUUGCAGUUGCUCAGCCGAUGCAGCCCUGACUUCCUGGCUCCUUGAGAUCUUGACCUUCAGUUUGGCUACAUUCACACCACAGUAGUUCCCUGGUCUCUGGAAGAGGGCACCACGCUCUCAUUUCUGCAACCUGCAAAGAACUCACUUCCCUUUCUUUUGCCCCCCACUUCCUCCCCUCUGUGCAGAAUGCUACCAACUCAAAGUGGCCCUUUUCAGUCCUGCUCAGUUUUGCUUUUCCGUCAGCCACAGGCCGUCACAGAAGUACUGGAUUACAGAAGUACUGGAUACAAUGCCGAGGAACAGCAAAAAACGUGUUUAAAUGGGCAAAAAAUAAAUAAAUCAACGGACUCAUUCCCUUCCGGGUCCCAACAUCUGAGCCACAUAGGAGGGGUGGUAGAUGCAGACUCCUACCUAGCUGCAGAGCUAAGAGGACACCAGAAGAUGUUGCCAUCUGGGUGGCCGAAGUGUGAUGCGGCCAGAGGGAGAAUAGCCUAUUUCUGACUUGGUCUCAAGGAAACUCCGCAGUUAGCUGGUUCCACCCAAAUGGCCACAUUUAAUGGGAAAACAGGAAGUGCAGAGUAAAGGGUGGUUCUUUGGGACUGGGCCUCCUUGUGGUUAGUUGCUGCUAUAACUGGCUUGGUUCCAGGGAUCAUUCGGGUCAAGGGUGGCAUUUGGAGGGCAGAGCCAGGUCGCAAGCAAAGAAACGGGCUCCGAGAUCACUGCUCCCCACCUCCUGUGGGUUUCUCUUAAUUCUCCCUGUAGGUGUUUAGUGGUCUCUGGGGGUACUGCUUACAUCGGGCGUUUCCCCCCUAGUUAAACCAUUCAUAAGAAUCCUUGUUAAAUUGGCUAAAGAUAUUCAUAGUUCUGGCUGCUCCACUUUACCCUUAUCCAGGUUCAAGAGUGACUCCUUGGGGUGGCAGUCAAUCAGUAGGCCAAGACCACAAAUUGAGAGCUUAGAAUUUAGGUUGUGAAACUACCCCAAAUAACACCAAAUCUGUUUUUGUUAGGACCACUUCAUGGCUGUAUCCAUAACCCUCGGGCCCAGUCGUGGUUCUCUUUUUCCAGCCAGGGAAACCCUGGAAGGAAGUGAUGUCUCUCUCCAUCGGUGGCCAAAGGGUGGGUGGUUGAUUGCACCUCUUCCUUUUUAAGACAUUUCUGAAGAGUGGCGGAUGAUUGGCAGCUGCUCUUAGAGCGUCGAAUCAAUGAAAUAAGCUGUCAGACCAAGAGGCAAAUUCCCCCGACUCCCAAAGCAAGAAUUGAAGCCGCCAACAAACUAAAGGACAAAUGCUGUCGUCAAAAGUAUCGAGGCCGCAAAAUACACAGAUGCAAUAUUCUGGCAAAUGCUUUGCAAUAUGGACACCUGAUACAAUGUGACAGGGGUGGGGGCCUUUGUAGAUAAAUUAUUUGGAUACAGUCCUGUUUUUCCAUUUGUCCCCCAAAGCAAGGGACCCUUGGUGCUCAGGUGAGCUAUGGUCACCUUAACUGUUGGGACUCUUCCUUGGAGAAUUGCCAGGCAGACAAGAACGCUGUGAGGGGGUCGUCCCCUUAGACUUUUUCUAAAUUUGUUGCUUCUGUGCUAGUCAGAAUGAGGGGGACGGGGGUGGGGAACUGAAGGAGGUGGAAACAGAGAUAUUAAUUUGUAAAUACAAUUUUAAAAAGAAAAAUGUGAAAACAGUUUUAACGUGUUGUAGAAUAAAUUAAUUUUACAAAACCAACCGUGUAAACGAAAUGGAAAGAAAAGUGGUGUUCUGGGUUUUAGAUUUUCUUUUCUUUCUUUCUUUUUUGCAAAUAAAACAAGCUUUUCAAUAA